GCUGGUUGAUUGUCACGUGACCGGAAGCUAGAAAUGGAGCGGUUUGAGUAAAACGUUUUGAAACAUAAACAAAUGUGUCGGAUGUUUCUCUAUGUUUUUAUUAGCACCAAAAAAAUGUUGCGUUAAGGGAAAAUAAUCCACAUCCUUAAUGUCAGCGUCCGACUGCUAGAGAAUGAGGGACCUAACUGAGCUAACCUCGGUUGGUGACGAUAGUUGGACACAUGCUGCUUUGCCACCUUUAAUGUGAGAUUAAUGACGUCGCCAUGGACGACUCUGAGCUGGAUUUUGUUGAUCUCUGCUCCAAAUUGCUGAGGCGGGUUCGUAAGAAAGCGGCUGAACCAGGCAGGCAGAGUAGGAAGGCAGAGCAGCAGAGCUGCAGCCAAGCAACCCGGGGAGACAAGAAGAAGAAUAAUAAGCAGGAUGAGAUCUCUGGGUCCAGGUCUUCAGCCACUCAGCCUAUUGGGUCGGAGUUGGUCUGUGGAGGAACUGGAUGUGAUUCGGGGGAUGCUACUCAGUCUUCUGCUUUGCCUUCAGCUGACGGAGACCUAAGGGCAAAAGACAAGGUUCUCCUCAGGAUGCGAGAAUUUAAGAGGACUUGUCCACAGAAGAUGGUGCACAGUAACAGAAUCGGGCCAAUAAACAAGGACGACUGUAUUCUGGCUGCACACCAUCAAAAAGGAGAUAAGCCAACGUCCCCCCGCUCUGGUCCCCACUCCGAGCCCCCAGAGAGUGAUGAGGCUCUGGCCCUGCGACUGCAGCAGGAGCUGGACAGGGAGGCAGCAGAGGCCCAGACCGUGGACCUGGAGGAUGGAGGCCUUUUCUUCUGUCAGAUCUGCCACAGAGACUUAUCACAUUUGACCCCUGGGGGGCGCACACAACACAUCAACAGGUGUUUGGAUCAGAAUGAACAGAGUGGUCCAUCUCUCCCUCCACCCUCCACUGUCCCCAACUGUCCCAUCUGCGGCAAGAAGUUCAAGAGCCAGAAGAGCCGCUCCGUCCACCUGAAGCGCUGCUCUGCAGACAUGGGCGUCUCUCCUGCUGUUCUGCUGCAAGCUCUGCAGAGACAGGCUGAGGAGAGUCGGAGUUCCACCACCGCUAACACUCACACACAGCCUGGGGGCAACAAAAGGAAAGGCCCAUCCAAGCCAGACCUUCCAGCAAGGAAGAAGCCCAGAAAGAAGACCAGCCCGCUGGAUGAGGAGACUAUGAUGGCUUUGGCUCUGUCCUCCUCCCUGCUAGACCAGCAGAAGGAGCAGCAGGCUAAGAGUGGCCCGUCUCACCGCCUCACGACUCCAGUCCUGAAGUGGAAGCAAGAUGCUGCUAAGAGAUGUGUUAAAAAUAAAAAAGUUGCAGUCGCUCGUCCUCCGCCUCUCCUUCUCCUUCAGGAUGCAGAGACGGCCCUGGCAAGGCUGCAGGAACGAGUUUCUACACUCUUGCUUCGCCGCCGGGCGCCCUCUCCUCCCACCCCGACACGAUGCCCCAGCAGUCUGCCCUGCUGGACAGGUGAUGCCCCCCUCUGGCAGAAAAGUACACUGCUGGAUGGGGGCUCCACCUGCCAGCCUGGUUUCAUCGCUGCGGAGCUCCAGCACCUCUUUACUCCUGUGGAAUCAGCAAGGGUGGAUGCAGUCUCAUCAAGCACCAGCAACAAGCCGGAGUCGUCUGUCCCACCUGUCCUGCCAUCCUGCUCCCAGACAGUGUCCUCAGGUCCCUCCACUCCAGUGACAGGAGAGCUCCAUGUGGGAAGCCAGGCCCUCCGAGACCUGGUGGAGCUGACUGAAGACUGCAUGACUCUGACACAGUACGGAUGCUCUGACAAAGCCAAGCAACUGAGUGGUUUUAUUCAGGAGGAAGAGUUGGAGGAUCCGGCAGAACCAACAGACGACACCAGCAGCAGUCAGACAGUGAGGAGGUCAGAUUACCCAGACAAAGCUAGAGGCAGCCAUGAUUCGGUGGCGCUUUCCAGGCUGUCAUCAGAUCUGAGCAGCAUGGUUAACAACCCUCAGCUCAGUGAUCUGCAGCUUCAGGUGGACAGUGGAGAGAUCUUCUUUGCUCAUUCCUUCAUGGUGUAUGCUCGCUGCCCCCUGCUGGCUGAAAUGGUGCAUGAAAGUGGGUUCGGGGUGCAGGAGGAGGGCAUGCCCGCAGCUCAGAGGGUGCUUCUGAGUGACGUGUCGAGCCAGGCGGUGUUGGUUCUACUGCAUUACCUCUACAGCGCCCACUGCUCCAUUGCUGUAUCGCUGCGGCCUCAUGUGCUGGAGCUGGCGUCCAGAUUUGACCUUCAGGAGCUGGAGCAGCUGUGUCUUUUACAACCAGAGACCAUGGCAGCGGUGGGAGGCGACGAUAUCCAUGAAAACCAGGAGGAAAAUGCCAAUAACCAAACAGAUCUGGCCUUCAUGGAGCUCCUUCGAUCUAUGUGGAACAAAGAGGAUGAGCAUGAGGACACUGGGGACUCGGAUGGUGUAGAUGCAGGAGGACAGUCAGAGGACAGAGAAGAGGACGGGGUCACCGCGGGCGACAGAGAAAUCCACGAGGAACACGUGAAUGAGGAGGAGCUGGAGGAGAUUUAUGAGUUUGCUGCCACACAGAGACAGAGGUUGGAGCAGCAGAGUAGCAUGGAGGAGGAGGAUGACGAGGAGGAUGCAGAACAAGGUGGAGAUGCAGCAUUUAAAAACCUUAAGCCUAGCCUUCAACUCGAGCCAGAGCCCAGCUUGGAUCGCAGCUACAGUCGCCUUUUCUCCCAGUCCUGGGUUGUCUACGACGAAGGAGAUAAUUCCUCCAAAUCUAGCACGCCUCUUCCCCAUCCUGCUCCUCACGGAGCAACAUUUGCAACAUCUGGUAGGACUUUGCUUCAGUCAUCAGCAAGUGUUGUAGACGAACUUUCCCUCAACCUUCCCAUCCCAGGACCAUCUCCAGGCCAAGCAGCUCAUCGGCAGGACGAUGGAGACAGUAGAGUCGUAGCUGCAGAGGCCAUGGAUGCGUCUUUAAAGCGAGAAAGCCGAGGUCCUCACGGUAUAUGCAUCCCUCUUUCACCUGAUUCACCUGCAAAGAAAGAUGAGCCUGAGCUCAUAGUUUUGUCUGAUUCGAGUGAAGAGAUGGAAGAAAAUUGCAGGCUUUCGCCUCAGAGCUACACAAGAAUCAAAUCCAGCCAGAAUCCAAGUCCCAAAGAAUCCGUUUGUAAUUUUGAGUUCAGUCCUGGUGAUCCAGAAGGCUGUUCUCCAGAGCUUUCUUGGCUUAUCCCCUCCACACCCCUCCAGUCUGGCCGAAACACGAAGACCAGCUCGGUGCAGACCAACAGCAACAUGUGCAGGACGCAGCUUUUCCCUAGAGGGGACUCUUCUCCACCCGCUUCUCCUUUGAAGAACAAAGUUCAAACCUUCAACAGUCCUCUUAAACCCUCUGCUUCUGCUGGAGAUACAGCAAGCAGGGAAUCCAGUCCGAAGCAGAGCAAGAAUCUUCUCAGUAUCUCAAGCUCAGAUCUCAAAGUUUCUCCCGAAAAAUGUUGGAACCCCAAUAAGAAUACAGAAGGCUUUGCAGCCCCACGUUCCUUUAGAGAUUCCUCAAAGCAUGAGACUCCUCUUCAGCUGAGGUUUCAGCCGUGCAGCAGCACUCCCCUGCACACAGAGCUCCUCCAGUCCCCCGUCCCUCCUGGUGCCUCCCUGCUCAACAUGGACCCGGAGAAGCAGGGUGUUUCGGGUCAAAUGAAAGAGAGGACAUCCUUAGAAAGCCUGGAAAAUAUGGAGUCAGGGAGCUUUCAGCUCUCCCCUGAGUCCAACCCUUCAGAUCCACCCUCUGCAGAGUCCAACAUGCAGCAUGGUCUCAAGACUAUAGGAGGGAGAAACGAGCAAGAAGAAAUAGAGGGGAUGGAUCGCAGUAAUGAAAUGAUGGGAAAAAUUUCUGUUGCAGAUGUCAGAGAGUCCAGUUUUCACCAAAGUUUCAUGGAUGAACCUCCAAUAGCUUUUAAUGAUUCCUGGGGCCUUGACCCCUCCACAGAGGCCAAUCCUGGCUGCUUCAGCCUGAGGCUCGAAGACACUGAAGAGUCGAGCCCACAAGAGAGACCUGGGUCUUUUUCCACCUCCAAACCUCCAUCUAGUAACAGCAUCCAGAGUCCUGCUCCGGAUCCAGGUUCACUGAUCCCGUCGGAGGUCGACAACGGCCUCCUUGACUCCAAAAUAUGGGAUAGCUGGGAGGGGGAUGAAGAAGAGGAGGAAUGCCUUCCUCUUUCUCAAAGGGUAAACCCAGCUGCUCAGCUCAAAACUCCAAGAUCAUCGAAGCAUAAACGGCGGCACUCCGUGGUGCCCAUCACCCCCAUGCCAUACUUCUCUGACAUGGACACACCGGAGCUCAAGAACAAACUCAGCAGCUUCGGCGUCCGGCCUUUACCGAAGCGUCAGAUGGUCCUCAAGCUGAAGGAGAUCCACCAGUACACCCACCAGCUAGCCAGCUCUGACUCAGAGGAAGAAGAGGCACCCGGGGCGAAGCCUCCACCCAUUAGGGUGGUCUCCUGCGCCCAGACGGGGUUGUUUAAAGAGCCGAGAGCGCCUGCUACCACGUCCCCCGUCAGAACUGACCAAGCGGAGGACGCCGAGCUGCUCUCUGCCUCUCAGGGCUCAAACAACUCCUCCACUGCUGCCAGUGAGGAGUCUGAAAGGUCCAACCCUGAGCUGGUUCUCUCUUCUGAUGGCGAUUCAGACAACGACGUCUCGUCCUCUCAGGCAGCUUCACGCCUCCAGGACCGUCUCCAGGCGGUGCGCUGCUUCAUACUGUCAGAUUCCAACCUGUACAGUCGGAUCCUCCAGUACCAGCCUCUGGUUCUUUCCCAGCUCCAGCAGCAGCUCAAGGCGGCGGGGAUCCGGCUGGGCACCGCCAAGCUGGUGGACUACCUGGACUCCCAGUGCAUCACGUUCACCACAGCCAAGCCGGGCCAUUCUGCAGCCAGCCGCAUACGGGGCAAGAAGACAGGCCGGGGGGCAAGAGGAAGGAGCAGGAAAAACUGCGCUUAAAAACUUUAACAGAGAAUUGUGACGUAGAAAAUGUGAUAAUUGGUAGGUUCUACUUUGGAGCUAAAGAUUUGUCUGGAAACCUUGAAGCAAAAACUUUAGACUUUGUAAAUACUUGUUUUUUAAGACAGGCUUUGGAUUUUACAAGUUCACUUUUCAGAUGUUGCAUUUAUUAUAAUGUUGUACUGUUAAAAUAAAACAUAAGUGUUUCUUGUAUGUGAUUUUA